AUGUCUACAACGGAGACCGCUAGCCCCAUUGGCAUUGCCAAUCUGCCCAACCAGCGACACAAGAUCGUUGCGAAGCGGGGUGCGGCUUUCACAAUCAUGGUCGCUGGAGAGUCGGGACUUGGAAAGACUACCUUCAUCAACACUCUUUUCUCAACCACAAUUAAGAACUACGCCGAUCACAAGCGCCGCCACCAGAAGCAGGUUGACCGCACUGUCGAGAUCGAGAUCACCAAGGCUGAAUUGGAGGAGAAGUUCUUCAAAGUCCGAUUGACUGUUAUUGACACCCCUGGUUUCGGCGACUAUGUGAACAACCGCGACUCAUGGCAGCCAAUCAUCGAAUUCCUGGAUGAUCAGCACGAGAGCUACAUGCUCCAGGAACAGCAGCCCCGCCGUACCGACAAGAUUGAUAUGCGUGUUCACGCCUGCCUGUACUUCAUUCGCCCUACUGGACACACCCUCAAGCCCCUCGACAUUGAGGUCAUGAAACGCCUCAGCACCCGGGUUAACUUGAUUCCAGUGAUCGCCAAGGCCGAUACUCUCAGCCCAGCAGACCUGGCCAAGUACAAAGCGAGAGUUCGUGCGGUCAUUGAGGCUCAAGGAAUCAAGAUUUACACCCCGCCCGUUGAGGAGGAUGAUGAGCAUGCUGCCACCCACGCCCGUACCCUGAUGGCGGCCAUGCCUUUCGCUGUCAUCGGCUCUGAGAAGGACGUCAAGGCCAACGACGGCCGUGUUGUCAAGGGUCGCCAGUAUGCUUGGGGUGUUGCGGAGGUGGAGAACGAUGACCACUGCGAUUUUAAGAAGCUUCGCUCGAUCUUGAUUCGUACUCACAUGCUCGAUCUCAUCCACACUACUGAAGAGUCUCAUUACGAGGCCUAUCGCGCUCAGCAAAUGGAGACCCGUAAAUUUGGCGAAGCCCGACCCCGCAAACUUGACAACCCCAAGUUCAAGGAAGAGGAAGAGAACCUGCGCAAGCGGUUCACCGAGCAAGUCAAGGUCGAAGAGAGCCGUUUCCGUCAGUGGGAACAGAAACUCAUCUCCGAGCGCGACCGACUCAACAAGGAUCUCGAGGCAACCCAUGCUGCGAUCAAAGCUCUCGAGCAAGAGAUCGAGGGUCUCCAGAGCUCUGGCACUCGCAGCCACGGCCGUCGCUAA